AUGGCUCACUUCACUAAUGGGAAAGUGUAUGGUUGCAAACACCUCGUUCAGUCCACAACACCAAGGCCCACCCAAGAGUCGCUGAUUGGUGCCCAUGGAAACCUAUUGAAUCUUCUCCUGAAAUAUUUGGACUUCAAUGGUCCUCCAGGUCCAAGGGGUGAAAAGGGGGAUCAGGGCGACCAGGGGCCGCGGAUGGUCUUCCCUAAGAUCAAUCACGGCUUUCUUUCCGCUGAUCAGCAGCUCAUAAAGAGACGUCUCAUUAAGGGAGACCAGGGCCAGGCCGGACCACCCGGACCACCUGGCCCACCGGGACCUCCAGGUCCUCGAGGGCCUCCAGGGGAUACAGGCAAAGAUGGACCCAGAGGAGUUCCUGGUUUACCUGGCGAUCCAGGACACACGGGGGAGUCUGGGCUGAUGGGACCAGAGGGGCCACCGGGACCCAAGGGUUCCUUCGGGCCUCCAGGUGUACCCGGUGUGGACGGACUCAAGGGAGACACAGGCUUCUCAGGAGUGGACGGCAUCCCAGGAGCCAAGGGCGAAACGGGAGAGCGAGGUGAAAAGGGCGACAUGGGCGAAGACGGACUCAAGGGAGACGCUGGGGAGAAGGGCGAUGCUGGUUCUUCUGCUGCAGGCAUCAAGGGAGAACCGGGUGAACCUGGACGCGGUGGAACCAAGGGAGAGCCAGGACUUCCAGGGCUGCCUGGACUCCCGGGAAUAAAGGGAGAACCCGGGUUUCUGGGUCCACAGGGAGAGCCGGGGCUGCCAGGACUCCCAGGAACUAAGGGCGAGAGAGGCGACCGGGGCCUCCCAGGAAAAGGGGAACGCGGAGAGAUCGGACUGAUGGGACCAAAGGGUGUGCAAGGGGAAUCCGGCAUGACUGGUCCUAAAGGGUCCAAGGGUGAGACUGGAGACAAAGGAGAAACUGGGAUGUUUGGACCUAAGGGCCCCCCGGGGCAGAAGGGAGAUCCAGGUGCCACUGAAAUCAUUGACUACAAUGGAAACAUACAGGAAGCUUUGCAGAAGAUUACCACUAUAACCGUGACGGGUCCUCCUGGUCCUCCUGGAAUAAUGGGGCCCCCAGGUCUGAAGGGCGAUCGCGGCAUGCCCGGCCUUCCUGGACUCGAUGGCGAAAGAGGCUUCAAGGGUUCAAAAGGAGACAUGGGAAUGCCCGGAGCUUCAGGUGACAAGGGUGGGACAGGUCUGCCCGGUCUCCCUGGUUCGAAUGGAGUGAAAGGAGACAAGGGUGACUCCGGGCUGCCGGGUCCACAGGGUCCUUCUAUCAUUGGACCUCCUGGAUCUCCAGGUCCACAUGGAUCCCCUGGGCCAAUGGGCCCCCAUGGCUUCCCCGGCCCCAAGGGCGAGGCAGGUUUGAAUGGGUUAAAGGGUACUCGAGGGGAGUCCGGCCACAAAGGGGAUCGUGGACCUCUGGGUCUCCCUGGAGCCUCCGGCUUGGACGGCAAGCCCGGCAUUCGGGGAAUGGAUGGGCCUGUGGGUCCAGCCGGUCCAGCUGGGCCAAAAGGCGACAGAGGUGAGAGGGGAAUUCCUGGAGAGCCUGGACCGAGGGGACCUUAUGGACUCCCUGGGUCAGCGGGACUUCCGGGGCAGGACGGGGUCGCAGGAUUAAGGGGAGAGAAAGGCGACGUUGGGGAGAGAGGAGAGAAGGGUUUCCGGGGAUUUAAGGGUGAAAAGGGGGAACCAGGGCAGCCAGGUCUGGACGGGCUGGAUGCCCCGUGCCAAUUGGGUCCUGAUGGAUUACCAAUGCCUGGAUGCUGGCAAAAGGGAGUGACCCCGUGGUUGGUCGCCUGA